UAUGUAUAUAUAUAUGACAAUUGAAGUGCUCGUGUAUUAGUAACGCAUUCACGAGGAUCCGUAAUUGAUAUGGAAUAAAAUACAAUUAGUUUCUAAUAAUGGCUUUGAUAUUACGACACUGCAUUUUGAGCCAAAAGAAACGGUUUGUACACGAAUUUUUAUUAUUCCAUCGUAAUGUUAGCAGUCAUACGUUCAACAUUAACAACGUUAAGAAAUUUGGAUCGCUUUUGUGUGCGAAACAUUUUUCUACAAAAAAUGAUGGGAAUUCGGAUAGAGAGCUUAUUUACGAAGGAUAUUUAACAAAACGAAUUCGUAGACUUAAACUCUUUUCUUUCUUCACAUCAGCUGGAUCAAUAAUUUCAUUACCUGCAAUUUAUAUGAAAGCUGUGCACGAUGAUAAUUUAGCAAAUAUGGGUAUAAUGUUUGCAUUUUUAAAUCUUGUUCUAACAUUGACUCCGUUAUUUAUACAUCUCACAACAAAAAGAUAUGUGACCGAAAUGUACUAUUAUCCAAAAGAGGAUAUGUAUGGUGCAAAUGUAUAUGGCCUGUUUCUUAACAAAAGACAGCUAAAGUUUACAAAGGAUGAUGUAGAUGUACCUGAAUCAGGUGGAAUGCUCACAUCUUGUAAGAUACAGGGAAACCCAUUGCUUUUCGGUGAAGAAGAUUUCAAAGAUGCUAGACAUUAUUUUAUUAUUAUGGGAUAUAACGAUCCAAUAGAUUUUGAGAUGGGUACAAAUGCAGCUGGUACAGGAAAAAUCGAUUUAGAUUUGAUACGAGAAAAAUUAAAAAAUUAUGAAAAAGAUCAGAAGCAGAUAGAGAGUAAAGAACUCGAACGAAACUAACGUGGAAUUUAAAGUAGUUUAAAGUAAUUUCAUUUAUUACAGUUUCUUAAUCUAAAACUUUUAUACAUUACUUAAAAGUACUAUAUACGUUGCUAGGUACAAAAUAUGUACAGUACAUUAUUAUGUAGAGGUCCUACACUGAAAAAUACAGCACCAAAUUACUAAAACACAAUGCAGAUAAACUUCGUCAUUGUCUUUUUUAAUUAAACCCAAUUAGCAAGAGAACUACACAUCUCCAGUCGAUAUUUAUAAGUUUGAAUGUACAGUUCGUAAAUAAAAUAUGUUACAAGCACAGAAAUAAUUGAAGUUGAUAUUGAAAUUUUGAAAAACUAAUAAAAGCAUAUAAAUAUAAGAUAGUAACUUAAUUAGAGAAUCAAGUGUUUUCUAAAUAUAGCCUCCAGAUGUAAUAAUAAACUAUAGAAGCAACAUAAUGUAAUUUGGUAACCGUGCAAGAAUGGCGGAUACAUUAUUAAGAGAUCACAGAUUAUAAUCAUAACCUUUGAAUUGAUAUCAAAGGCAUGAGCAAAACAGUUAUGCCGAGUUAAUUGUGCAUUCAUCGUACACUAAGCUGGGAGUAAAUCAAAGUCAUCCGAAACGUGUACCAUUGGAACAUGAAUAUCUUCUAUUUGA